GCACCACGCGCGCCGACGAAAACGCCGUGCCAAGAAACUAAAGCAGCCUCUCUAGCAGCAACGCAACAACCGGCGAUGCACCACCACCACCGUGGCCGCUGCCGCCUGGCCGCGCUCGUCGCCGCGGCGCUCUGCCUGGUCGCGGCGCACGAAGGGACGUGCGCGGCUGCGGCGAGGCGCCUGCACGCGGUGGAGGAGGUGGCGGUGCUCGACGUGGCGGCGGAGGCGCCUGAUGAGGCCGCGAGGUGGCCGGGAGGCGGGGACGCCCUCGGCGAGGCCAAGUGGCUGCCGAUGUCCAUGCCGCUGCCGGGCGGGCUGCGGUUCCCGCCGGUGACGCUCCCCCUGGCCGGCGCGUCGAUGCCGUGGCUCCAGGGCCCCGUCCGCGCCGGCGGCGCGCUCCCGGCCCUCGUGCCGUCGUUCGUGGGCGCCACGCGGCAGGAGCAGCUCAGCCUGUGGGCGUCCCUGUUCAACCCGUUUCAGGCCAGGCCACGGCUGCCGGUCUCCCUCGGCGGCGAGACGGCGGGGCACGUCGAGCGCGGUGGGGUUUCGGCCGUCGCCAGUGGCGGGAAGGCCACUGGGGAGCAGACCCUCGACGCGCCUGGCCGAGUUACUUUUCACGAAUCUUCCGUUGAGAAUAAGCACGAGAGCCUCUCACAGUCGACAAUCGGAGACGACGACGAUCUAUCGACGAUCGGGGACGACAACAAUCUUGGAUAGUCGCUUAAUGACCCAAUAAACUUUAGAUCAUCUAGGUGACGACAUUCAUAAAUAUUAACAAGAAUAUAGCCAAUCUAAAUCACUCAACUAGUACCACAAGAUGCACAACUAUUUAUAGGUGAUGCACAAUGAUUUUUCUCCAAGUCUCACUCACUUGAUGAUAUAUAAGAUACAAGUGGGUACAGUGUUUUUUUCUAGCCUCAAGACUUGUUACCAAGUGUUUAGAGUGUAAGGACCCUAGCUUAAGCGAGGUCUAUCUAUAGACCAACAAUGCAAUCCAGUUAUUAGAUGGACUAAAAUAAAGGGCACCAGACAUGUCGAGUGCACCGUACCGUCGGUUUUGGCACUAGACACGUUCAAGUAUAAGUCCAUUGGCUACAAACUAGUAUUUAAUUUCUUUUCAUAAAUCUGAUGUGUACACCGGGCGCAUCUAGUGCAUGUUAUAGCGGAAGUGUGUUUU